UCGAGCAGUAAGAGUUAUAAACUAAUGUUUCAGUAUCUUAAACAAGAUAUCGAUCAAAUAUGAGCUCCCUUUUUUAUUAAAUACCAGCCGUCCACCCUCCUCACCACUUGGUGGCGGUAACGCGUCAAACGUUGGUCUGUCAAUAAGAAGAAAGGAAAAAAUAGGAAAAGAGCGAAAACUCGACCCACGAACCCCGCGAGAGAACCUUUAAUCUCGUGUGCGUUCAAUCUGUGUUUCAAGCGAAUAACUCCGAGAUUAACCGCGAGCCGUGGUCACAUCCCGCGGGGCUCCCUUUUCCGAGCGAGCAACCAUGAGCGGAACCACCAAACUGUGCGAGUCGCGCGCGGGUUCACCGGACGAGGAGGAGGAGGAGGAGGAGGAGGACGCGGCCGUGGAGCGCGCCAUCGAGGCGGCUUUGCGCGCCGCCGUGAGCGCCGUGCGCGGCGCGUGCGGCCGCCGAGUGCGCGAGUACCAGAGCAUGGUGGCCGACCGGGACCGGGAGAUCUGGAGGCUGGAGGGUCGACUGGAGAAAAGCGAGGGGGAGCUGAGGCUGUUGCGCGUGCAGAUGCGCCUGAGGCACGCGCACGCGGAGGCGGAGCCGCGCGCUCCUUCCGGCGAGACGCGGCUGGAGUACGGCGAGCCGGUCAACGGCUCCGAUGCCGAAAGUCUCGACGCCGUUCCCCCACAGUGCCGUGACGGGGUGGGGGCUUUUCCCCACCAACGCGGCCAGACUGAGACCCCUUGGUGCCAGGGUGGAGGCACCCCCUCCCUUAUCAAGGAGGAAUCUUCCGACAUGGAGACGGGCAUCAAAUGGGAGCUGUGCGAGGGGACGUUUCUGGAUGAAGAUACUUUUCUGCACACGGGGAAACCUGCGGAAGAAACGGUGGAAAAUGACAUCGCCGCUCUCAUCAAGGAGGCGCUGUCGAGAUCCACGCCGGCUCCAAUGCACGCGACUGAGGAGGCCUUCUCGGACAACCUCGCCGACGGACUCCAACCCAUUCAAACAAGGAAGCUUCGUGCACGUGUGAAAACUCGGAGCAGCGCGAGCCAGUCGUGCGAGGAAGACCCCCCCGCGAGCUCCCCCCGGGUCGCCCCCAGGCGAGGCGGACCCUGCCCCUCCCGGAGCUCACCCGGACGCCUCCCCUCCCCUCCGUCCGCUAGGGAGAGGCAACUCAACAACGACUGGCACUACCAUUUCCAAGUCCCCUGGAGAACACUCCCCACCGCUUUGAGGAGCAAGUUGGACAACCAGCAGCGGCCCGCGGCCAAGGAAAGGAGGGAAAUGAUUCGCAUCGUCGCGGCCGAAAUCCUCCACGUGUGCAAAAACCCGUCCAAGAGGCACCUGGAGGAAGUCGCGCGCAAGAUGGUCCUGGCGUAUCCGAAGUCCUUCACAGACAUCAUCGAGGACGAGGUCGUCGGGAGCGGGUACGACUCUUUGACCAAGCAGCUUCAGUACAGAGUGGAUAACUGCAAGCGAAAGACGAUGUGGGGCAAGCAGAGAAGACCUGCGGGGGGCGGCGGCGGCGGAGGCGGCGUGGCGAGAAAAAGGAAGCGGCGGAGGAACUCCUAUGGCUGUGUGCAGCAGGAGCGCUGGCCUUCGCGCGUGGAUGCGCAGAAGAAGCGAGGCCUGCGGGAGAUGUUCCUCAGGGGCGAGGCGGACACGGAGAGGGUCGGGCAGUGGAUGUCGGACACCUUCGCGUGUCAGCGGAGCGACAUCCGCUCGGGUAAGGACGCGCGCGCCCUGAGGGACGAGUGGCCCUACCUGUUCUCCCUCGGCGGCGUGAAGGCGCACUUCGAACAGCUGACCGGCGUCGGCAUCGACGGGGCCUUCGAGGACGCCAUGGGCAAAAAACUGGCCAGAGUCGACGACUUCUUCCGGUGGAGCGGGGGGGCGCCGGCGGGGCGGGGCGGCGCCUGCGGGGCGGUGAUGGCGCUGCUCUCGCACUUCAAGGAGGAUCUCGGGAGGAUGUUCCACGCGUCGGAGGAGACGGACGGGGCGCGGACGGAGCGCCUGCCCGCCACGCCGUGCAUUGUGGCGUGUGGGGCGAGUCCGUGCUCUGCAGCGGCCUUCGUGGUGGCCGUGGACCGGGAGGUGAUCCUGGAGGACUUGGCGAGCUUCACCGACGCGCUGAUCGCCAUGUUCGUCUGUUACUUCGUCUUCGAUCUGCCGUACCCGGCGGACGUAGCGGCCACGAUGGAGUUUCUUCAGAGGUGCAUCUUCAAGAUAAAUCCCGACAAGGGUUCCAAAGUAGAGGUCCGGGAAAACAGAAGGAACAAUGCGGUGAACCCAAAGGUUCUAACCCUCAUAACUCGCAUUUCGGACUUUGAGUGGAAUGCUUGAUGGAAGAGCAUCAACCACUGCAGGAGAUCCAGAAGGAGGCCUUGAGACUUUACUCUGCGUGUUCCGGGCCUUCCCCCCUCAGUCCGUGAUGAGAAUCAGAUGAUCUGCAAAAGUUGCUGCUGUGUGAGAUGUGCUCUCCCGCAGCGGUGUUGCAUUCUGGGGGGAGGGGUGUAGGGGUUUUCCGCAAUUUGUUUUCUCCUGUUUGUGGCUAAGUAAGGAGUUCAGCAUUGUUUCUUUUUUUAGUUAGUGUACAGCCUAUUUAUAAUCUUCACCAAGGCAGAUAAAACCAGAACAAACGGCACAGAACCCCCCCAGCAUGUAACGUGUUUGUGCCUGAGGGCAGAGCAGCGACAACAAACCAUAAGACAUCUCCAUGGUGGUGAUGUUUGCUCAUAAGAUUAUUAUUCAAAACAUGUUCACACUGUACUUUUGAUACAGACCCAAUGUUAUAAUGUUAUCAAUGUAAUGCCCUGUCUAGUUUAUAUACAGUUUACUGUUUGAUUUUGUAUUUAUUUUUUUGUAUUAAAGAAGCCAUGGGCCACAAAACCUA